AUGCCGAUUGCCUCACAGAGUUCUGUAGGUUGCGUGUAUCAGAGCAACUUGAGCAGUACUUUCAGUACGUGCUCGUUCAAGUGUCGCGAGAUAGUUUCCGCUGCGUCGAGAGAUUCAAAAAACGUGUGUGAGAUCGGUAUGGCUCCCGAUGUUGAGAUAAUCGAGCUUGACAACGACAAGCCUUCCACGUCUGGGACAAAACGGCGAUCGACGAGAGAAGUUGAAACAGUUGAACUCGAAGAAAGUGAUUAUUCUGCGCUAGGUAUGAGGCGUCCAAAGCGGAUGGCUGCAAUAGCGGCGACUAUUCCCAUAAGCCAGAUUUUCAGAGAAGACGAGGAUCAGUCAAAGCCGCGAAUUCUCAAGCAGCUGCGCGAUUCGCAUCCAAACGCUGUCCCGCAUUCAGAUAAAUCUAUUUUAAAUUCUUCAUGUUUUUUGUGCCGUACUCCUGCGGAAAACUGUAUGUUCGUGUCAAACCUUGGAGAAUGUAUGACACGUGUCACAAGAUUGAAGCUUUGCGACAAGCUGAAAGAAAUUUCCUCAGAAGAUUUAACCGCACAUGAAAUCAUCAUGCGCGCCGACAUGGAAGUCGAGAUUCUGUGUGUUGCCUGCGAAAAUCUUGUUCAAGAAGUGGAUUCUUUGGAAGUGAAGCUGGCUGCCGCAAAAAGUUCAGUCAACACUCUCAUUACCAAUUCAGUAACGGAAAGUGCGGUUCGCACCAGUCCCUUCUUGAACAUAUCUCGUUCCGACUACGGUGUAUUCCUGGAAGGAAUUGCUCUGGGAGGUCUUUCAUCUUCUGGCUCGGGCAAUGUGAACGAGUUACUCGUCAAGGAAGAAAUAAAGCGGACCGAAGAGGCAUUUGAUGGAAGUACUUUUGUGGAGAAGUGCAUGAGCAUCCUAGGGAAAUUCACAGAAUUGGAAAAUGCGUUAAAUUCUUCAGUUAAUGAACGAACGAGCCCAAGCGAAGGAAAAUUUGAGGAGAUGAUGCCCAUUCCUAACAGAGAAUCUUUUGAGCAUCUAGACGAGAAAGUCAUAAAAAAAGAAUGCCUUCAAGAGUCGACCGACUUCAAAGAGUCCAACUUCAGCAGCAACGCCAGGUGCUCAACUCACAAAGCGUGGCCGAGUCGGCGGAGUCAAAUAAAAAACAUCGAGCCUGAGGAAAAUGAAUUAUCGCCGGAAGGAGUACAGCGGUCCCCUGAUCAGAUUUGUCGUGUCUGCGGUCGAUAUUUUGAAACUGUGAAAGAUCGACUCAGCCAUGAGCGUGACCAUGACGAACCCCCUCCAUACAUCUGUCCGUUUUGUGCUGACGUUCAUCGUGAACGCAUCAAAUUGAAGGAUCAUGUGAGAACUGUGCACCUGGCGAAAAAUCCCUUCAUAUGCACGCAUUGCGGAGAUACAUUUGUUAUAAAAUCGAAAUUGGACGCGCACUUAGCGUCAUUGGCGAAAAUCGUUGGCCGAUCAGUCCUGGCGCAUGAAAGUCCAGCAACGUUCAAGUGUGACGAAUGCGGAAAGCAGUACAGGCGGAAGAGGAGCUUAAAUCAACAUAAGCUAUCUCACUCUGGUUUUGCGUGCAAGGCGUGUCCUUGUGUUUUCCUGGACAAAAAAGCAUUUUUCGAACACGUUUGGCAAGUUCAUGCAGAUGAAGAAGCAGCCAAGGCUUUGAUGAAAACAAAGGUCAGGCUCUCGGAAACAAUGCCUUCAUCUCAGAAAACCGUAACUGCUGAAAUCUUCGCAACUCCGGCCGUUUCGAAAGAAGAGUUGAAGUUGGCUUUGUAUUCCUGUCCUUACUGCAAUGUCGCGUGUGCAGAUACCGACGCUUUUGCAUCACACAUGGAGUCCGAGCAUCAAGAUAUGUGCAAAAAUAAACAAGAAGGAACUCCUGCAAAAAAGCGAAGAAAAGCAAAUAAAACUGGUUGGCCGCCUGCACGCGUUACCCGCUUGAGUGAGCAGUCGUCUUCAUCAGCAGAACAUCCUGAAGUCCGUGAUUCCUCCGUUUACGAUUUCAAAAUAUAAUUUAUGAUCUGUGUUAAUUCUGCCUUUCGUGUAGCUGAAGAAAAGGACUUAUCAUUGAAUCAAGUGCGAGACUUGCAAUAAGCUAUUGGAAAAAUCUUGGGAAGUUCUUCGAAUGCAGUUCAUAUGCAAUUAUGCUUGUGUCUCCGUAAUUCGUUUCAAAGAUCAUUUCUGAAAUUCAAAAUCCUAACGAGCGUCUUCUGUGUAAUAUUGACUACCUGUAUUCAAAAAAUCCUGCUCCGUUAAUUAAAUCAACCGUUGGCGUACAUGCAAAAGGAGGUUACCGGCGACCGAAGUACAUCAAGCUUCAUGCGUUGCCCGAGUGGACUAAAUCACUCGCGUUUGGAUUCCAUGCAAGAAAGAAAUGCUUGGACAAUUUUUCAAAACUCACAAUACAAUUUUUGAAGGGUCACGCUGGUGCCACUAUCUUGACUAGUCACGGAGCCGCCUGAAGGAUUUAACGUUGUUUAUGAAAAUCGGAUGAGGAAGAUUGAGGAAACGUUGUACAGUUUUAAUAAUUUUGCAUUUUGGACUUCUGUUUUUUUCGAACGAACUUGGAUUCACCUUUGAAAUGAAGGAAACACCGGUAAAAAUUUUCUUCUCAGGAUUAAAGGAUGGGGAAACGAAGCAUGUGGUGAUGUGAUAUAUGAUUCGACUGAAAGAAAUGCACGAGGUUGAAGCCAAGUUAAGUAGGGGAUAAACUCAUGUCUUCGGCAAGGAUUAUUGUGUGAACAUCACUGGGAUUUGAUUGUAUAAAUUGUACAUUUACCUUGUGCAUAAGCGUUUCAAUCCAUUUGUAUUCAGUUUUUAAAGAAUCUCAGUACAAAUGCCUUUAAAUUUUCUGACGAGGUUAGUAACUAGUCAGUUCCUCAUAAACCUUAUUUUCAUACGAUUAAUUUGCACUGGGCGUUUAUUGGUGGAAGUGGACACUCGGUUAGUAAACUGCAGUACUGGGCAAGCUGAAUUCGCGAUGAGACUGUUCAUACUUCUUGAUCUCUUCAUUGAUAGUGUCGUAGAAGCGUUUCUCCAUCGUGCUACGUUAUGUUUAAGGGUACGAUCGGCUUUGUUCAUUUGGCUAUAUGUAUUCGAGUGAUUGAAGCCGCUGUGGUGUCAUUGAAUAUUUUGUUGUCUUGUGUUCUGAGAGAAGGAUUUUCACCAUGCGGGAAUCGUGUAAUUCAUUCAUCUGUCUCAUGACUUGUUGAAGAAAAUGCGGUGACCUGAUCGCUCAGUUUAAGUGCCCUGUUUCAGCCAUAUCUUUCGAAACCUAAUUUUUAAGGUUAUGUGGAAUUGUAUUGGAUUCCAGGAUCGCGUAUCCAUUCAGGUUUAAAAACUGUUAAUAUAAGACCAUUGCGAAUAGGA